GACUCGCAGAACCAGUUGGUUUGGCCCAGCUUCUUCUUUCCUGCCUUCUCACUGUGUGUACUGCUGUUGUUUUCGCCUGGUGUCAACCUACGCCGACGAGAGAAGAAGACAUAUCCCUCCCUCUCUUAUGUUAGAGGGCCGCUUCCAAUUUGCCUUCACUUUCCUCCUCGCCGGCACCAUUGGCUUCCGCGCCGUGCCAGUCAACUCGCCUCCUUUCCCAGCCCGAGUUGAGCAGCAACAGCUCGGAAACAUCUGGCCGCCGCAGAGUGCUAGACUCCCCCGUCCACUCUGCCCGCUCGCCUCGGCAGCCUGUUAUGGAAAUUAGUCCAAAGUCAUUCUAGUUUUGUCUGCGAAGGACAAACAAAAAAAAGGGGGGGUCAUUUGACGGAGGAAGCUGGGAAGACGUUGGACCUUGUUGUCUAGAGAGCGAGCGAGGAAGAGAAAGAGCAAGAAAGAAAGAAAGGGAGAGAGAGAGAGAGAGAGACAGCCAUUCUCAGCCAGCCAGAGAGCCCAGCUAUUCUGCUACAGUGGAGUUAAUCAAGUUGAUGCAUACUGCUGCAGGUUAUGAGGACGGCAGGAUGGAGUUCCCAGACCACAGCAGACAUUUACUCCAGUGUCUGAGUGAGCAGCGGCACCAGGGCUUCCUGUGCGACUCCACGGUGCUGGUGGGCGAUGCUCAGUUCCGUGCGCACCGUGCUGUGUUGGCCUCCUGCAGCAUGUACUUUCACCUCUUCUACAAGGACCAGCUGGACAAGAGAGAUGUGGUGCAUCUCAACAGCGACAUUGUCACAGCCCCGGCCUUUUCCCUACUCCUGGAGUUCAUGUAUGAGGGCAAGCUGCAGUUCCAGGACCUUCCCGUAGAGGAUGUGCUGGCAGCGGCCAGCUACUUGCACAUGUAUGACAUUGUCAAGGUGUGUAAGAAGCGUUUGAAGCAGAAGGCCACGGCGGAGGCAGAUAGCACGCGCAGAGAGGAUGACGGUGGGUCCAGCUGCUCUGAUAAGGCCGACAGUCUAUCAGAUGGUUCUACCGGCCGGCCUGCCACUGCCGACCUGCUGCACAGUGAUGAAGAAGAGGAGGGGAAGGCCGAGGGUGGAGCGCUGUGGCUGAGGCUGCCGUCUGCAGACAGACCGGGGACACCAGCCAUGGCUACAACCAGCCCAGGGCACGGCGAGGCGGAGACGCAAGGUGGAGAAAGGCUGGGGGAGGGAGGGAAGCUGAUCUCCCCAGCCGGCAGCCCCACCAGCUCCACUGGAUCCCUCUCCCAGAGGUCCCACCGCUCCGUGAGCUCUCGUGGAGGGCACAGGGGCAGGAGGGUGUCAAAUGAUGCGGCUGACUGUGUCCUGGACCUGUCAGUCAAGCCGAUCGCCGGUAGCAACCACAGUAACCACCACCAGUCCUACUUCAGCGGUGCAGCUACCCCAGACAGCCUCCAAAGCCCAUUGGCUGUUAGGGUGAAGGUGGAGAGGGGUGUGGCUUCAGACGAGGAAGAGGAACUGGGAGGUGGGGACUAUGACAUGGAGCACAGUGGCAUCACGAAGGCGACGGUUCCCAGCGCCAACGGGGGCCUGACCCACCACGGGGUCGGGGGGCCUCUGUCAGCCCAGCGGCGACUUGGCCUGGAAGCACACCUGUCCGCUCUGCGAGAGGCCUCCCUGGCCUCGGAGCUGGAGCGGGAGGAGAAGCCUCCAGCCACAGCAGAUGACGAGGACAUACUGGGGGGUGAAAAUGAGCGCGCCCAGGCCGAGGCGGCCAGCAUGGAUAAUUCCCUGCUUCCUUACGUCUCCAACAUGCUGUCGGCCCAACACACCCAGAUCUUCAUGUGUCCGCUGUGUAACAAGGUUUUCCCCUCCCCGCACAUCCUCCAGCUUCACCUCAGCUCCCACUUCAGGGAGCAGGAGGGCAUCCGCUCUAAGCCCGCUGGAGACGUCAACGUGCCCACCUGCACCAUCUGCAGCAAGACCUUCUCCUGCAUGUACACGCUGAAGCGCCACGAGCGGACACACUCUGGUGAGAAACCCUACACCUGCACCACCUGCGGCAAGAGCUUCCAGUACUCACACAACCUCAGCCGCCACGCAGUGGUGCACACGCGCGAGAAGCCACACGCUUGCAAGUGGUGCGAACGGCGCUUCACGCAAUCCGGGGACCUCUACCGACACAUCCGCAAGUUCCAUUGUGAACUGGUCAAUUCGCUGUCAGUGAAGAGCGAACCGCUGGCACUGCCCAAUGUCAGGGAUUGGGCGAUUGAGGACAGCUCCCAGGAACUGUGGAAGUAGAAACAGACUGCUGGGUUUGAUAAAGGGAAAGAAAGUGGAGAGUGAGAGAGAGGCAGAUAGGCAUGGGGAGGUGAAGGGAGGUGGCAAAGUUUGAUAUUCGGGGUUUAAGUGAGUCAUGUUCUUGUGUGUCGCAAAAUCUCAUUCAAUUGCACUUUAAUAGCACAUGAAAAUGUUACUACUGAGUUUUUUUUUGUUGUUGCUGUUGGGGUAAUUUUGUUUUAUUCUAUUUUAUUCUGAACUCUUAUUUUUAUUUGGCGUAAGUUCUGUUUGGUGGUUUUCAUUGCAUCUAAGGACAUGGGUCCCAGUGAGAAUGUCUCACCCUUUUGAAGAGUUUUUCACUCUGUGUGUGUUUCAUCUCAGACACAGCACUCCGACGCUGGCCAGCGUAUCGGUCCCAGUCCCAUAGACACUGCCACUGCAGGAGUUCAGGUCGAACACACUGAAGUGAAAAAACAUUACAAAACACUAAACGGGUACUGUGAUCACCACAAGUCGAUACCACCAUACACACAGUUUGAAGUAGUGUGUGUUUGUGUGUGUGUGUGUGUGUGUGUGUGCGCGCGCGUGUGUGUGUAUGUGUGCGUGCGUGCGCAAUACUGCACUACUCUGGCAAAAAUUUCACCUGACAUGCGUGAGUGUGUAUGAGUGAGUUUUGUGUGUAUUAAUUUUAUUUUCUUCUGGCAUGGAGGUGUCGUUGGCAAAGCGCUCCCCGCUUCUCUUGUUAAGCUCUUUGGUGUUGUGUGUUCAGGGGAAAGCUGACUGACUGACAGACAAACUGAUGGCACUCAUGCAAUGCACAGCCUCCUUUUCAAUCAAUUUGAAGUAUUUUCUAAAAAUGAAAAGACCUUUACAAAUUAUUAUAAUAAUAAUUAUUAUUAUUGUUAUUAAUAGAAUUUUUUCUUAAUUCUAGCUGGCAGUCUUUAAAACAUCUCUUGUUGAAAAGUUAUUUAAUUUAAGGUUGUUGUAUAUUGUUCUGCUAUAGUUUAAAAACUUUAAUCCUUUACCAUUUUUUUUAAAAUUAAUGAUUAUUAUUAUUAUUUUAUUACUUUUUUGUAAUGGGACCUGCUGUUGUUGCAUGACGUCCAAACCUGUAUAUUUUAAAAUAAAAUGUGAAUUUGCUGUAUUACUGUACACAUUGUAAUUGAUCAAAUAUUUGACAACGGGCUUUCCUUUUCUUUUCUUUGUGAAUACUACUCCAGGGUGCGGUCUGUUGGAAAACUGAAUAUUAUUCUCGCGACUAUGGAAAAAAAUGCAUGAAAAUUUGAUUUUGUCUUAAACCUUUAAGUUGUGGUUUUUGCAUCAGGGGGGAAAUGUUUGAACAUUACACUUUUGACGGUGAGAAGUUGGAUUUUAUUCUACUCGUCGUAGGUCUGUCGCUGGGCUCCUAGAAGAAUGUUACCGAAUGUGUUUCCGUCGGAUGUUGAAGCGAUAUGAUGAAGCAUUUGAAGCCUGCGUCUAUAUGCACUGAUCUCUCUGCUGCGUGCGUGUGCCUGUGUGCGUGCCUGUGCCUG